UUCAGCACAAGCCGGCAUUGAUUCGCAAAUUGGACGCAAAGAUUCAAUUUUGAAGAGUGGAUAAGACUCAAUAUGAUUUGGAAAACUUGAUUCUCUCUUUUUUGGGGAAUCCUUCCGUUUGUUACAAAACCAGUCGCGGGUUUAUUGCUCGCUCUAGAACGCGUCCAUCCAGUACCUUUCCCCCAAAUUGCUUUCGUGCUCUCCGCUUCUCACGCUGACUCGCUCUUGUUCAAUGCCUUCAGAAACGGGGAGACGUCCUCUUUUCAUUAUUAUUUUUUUCCUACCGCUCCCCCUCUUUCCUUCCCGGCAAUGACUUUUGAUCUUUCGCGGCUCAUCUUCCCCAAUCUGUUGCGAGUUUAGUGUUUUCCCUUUGCCUCUGCGCGAAUCUACCUGUAUCCAUAUCUUCUUCUCCAAAAUUUUCAAACAGCAUUUUUUUCUCUGAGGACUUGAGGCAAAGAGUAUUCAUCAGAUAAUUAGAUAAAAUGGCGUUUACCGGUAUCAGAAAAUGUUUGGUGUUUUCUAUCAGGUCUAUUUGGAUAUCCAUUUGUCAACAUCCCUUCGUAGCAGCCUUCCUGCUUUCAGUGCUGUUUCUGUACAUAUAUUUUCCUUCCAUCUUCACUUUCAUCAUCCAUUCCUCUCCUGUGAUUGCCUGCACCGCCCUUCUUCUCGGAGCUCUUUUAGUUUAUGGGGAAUUCGAUAUUCGCGAGAGUGAGGAUGUAAAGAGUUUGAAUGCCUCUGUGAAAGUUGCUGAAAAUGAAGAGAGAUUUAGGGAUUUUGCUGUUUUGAAGAAAGAUGAGAAUGUCAGUGAUGGAGGAUUGAUGAGUUUAACCAAGGUUGGUCCUUUUAAUGGCAAUGUGGAUGAAGAGGAUAUCAUGAACUUAGCUGCUAGCUCUUCAAGCAAAACUGCUGAAGAAGAAACACAAACUGAGAUAGAGUUUCGCGAUCGUGAAUUCAUUGAAAAGAAACUAUUUUUUAUUGAAAAUGCUGCUGAAGGCUUGAAGGUAGAUGUUGAAAAGCCUUUAGACAACCAGUUUGAUUCUUCUCUUGGUUCUCCUUGGCAGCAAGUUGAUAGCCAUGAUGUUUCUUCUAACUCUGAGUCUGAUGAAUCUGAUGAAUCUGAUGGUGAAGAGAGUUUGUCUCCUCGUACAUCUAUGACAGACAUCGUUCCCAUUAUGGAAGAACUUCAUCCUCUUCUUGAAUCUGAAAAUCCACAGCCAGUUCAUAGAUCCUCUGAUGCAUCUGAUGCAUCUGAUGCUGCUUCUAGGGCUUCCUCUCCAGAGCGUGAAUUUGAUGAUGGUAGUGCAGAGGAAGAAACUGAAAACCAAGCGGAUGAGGAAGAUGAAGAGGCACAAGGGGAGAAGGAUAAUGAUGAAGCUGCUGUGAAAUGGACUGCAGAUGAUCAGAAGAAUCUCAUGGAUCUUGGGAGUUCAGAGCUUGAAAGGAAUCAAAGGUUGGAGAACUUAAUUGCAAAAAGAAGAGCCAAGAAGCUGCAAAGGUUUCAAACUGAUAAGAACCUUAUUGAUCUGGAUACCGAACCUUUGCCAUUUAUGGAAGAAAUGUCGAGAUUAAAUGUUCAAAUUCCAGCAAUUUCUGUACCGAGAAAUAAUCCUUUUGAUUUGCCCUUUGAUUCUGAGGAGAAUUUUGGUUUGCUGCCAGUUCCAGGCUCAGCUCCUUCAGUUCUGCUUCCACGGAGAAAUCCGUUUGAUCUUCCUUUUGAUCAAAAUGAAGAAAGCAGGAAGCACUCCGGUGAAAGCUCUAGGCCCUAUGAUGUAUCAAUUUCACAGAGGGAUCCCUUUCCCAAGGAGAUUGAUAAUUUAAACCUUGGCGCAGUUUCGGAUGAUGUCAAUCAAGAGAAAAAUGAGCCCAAAUUAAAGCCUUAUUUUGUUCCAGAAAAAAUGAAUGGGACGAGUUUCGGAUCAUUUGAGCAUCAAUUAAGUGAGGAGAGCGAUGAUUCUGACGCAAGCUCAGCUUCUGAAUCUGACUCAGCUUCGGCGGUUUUCAAUCUGGACCCCGAGUUAUCGAAAUACGAAACAGAUGAACGAGUAUCAUCUGUAAACCAAGAUUUCGGAUCCGCGGAACAUGAAAGUGAUUUAUCGGUUGAAGUUGGUUCCGUUAAUCUUGACCAAGAACACAUUGGAGCAGAUGCAGUGGAAGUUGAAAUUGGAGAAGCGGACUCUAGUUCACCUGUUUCAAGUACUACAAACUUAGAAGUGAUUGAUGAGAGGUAUGAUGGAUCAAGUUCUUCCCCUUCUUCUGAAGAAGAUGAUAAAUCUAUUGAAACAAACAUUCAUAUAGAACCAAUUAAUUCAGAAGUAGCUGUGGUAACUCAUGUCGGCCGAGUAAUCGAACCAGUUUAUGAUUCUAGCCCCGGUGCGAAGUCCACCUCCCACAUUCUAUCUCCAGAAACUUUAUCUCCUAAUCCUAAAGCUGAAGAAGGCUUCAGGACAGAUUCUUCAUUGGCAUCUGACAUGCAAGCAAACUUGCAAGAAGUGUCUUCAACUCCAAAGACCUCUGAACAAAGUACAGUUUUCAGUGGAGGAAAAGCUUCUGAUUUAUAGGGGUAGAUUCAGCCCCAGUGCUGCAAACAAGUCUGAACAGUCUUGGAUCUUCUGCUGCUGAAAUAUGGAAGAGAGUUUAUGCAUAUUUGUUUAAGAGCAAAUGGCUUAUUUUUGUUAUAUUUCAAAGGGUUGGUAACGUUUCAGAUCUUACAAAAUUGAGAUUUGUGCUGUUCUUUUACUUUCCGGAUGAAAAUUGCAUUGAAAAUCUGCAAUUUUUUGUGGAGAAAUUGCAUGUUUUUAAGUUAAGGUCGUGUACAGAGGAUUUUUGCGUUAAUGGAACAUUUGAAUGGUGAUAGUGGUUAGUAGCUUGAUGUAAAAUAAGUUG